CAAUAACACUGUUUAAUGGUUCAGGUCAAAACAUGGGCAGAACUGUUAAACAUCUUCUGCACCAACGGAAAACUUGAGCUGGAACUGAUGUACAAAGUUCAGAUGCAAUGCUAUGAGGAUGCUAAGCUGAUGAAGCUCUUUCCAGAGAUCAUUAGGUCUCUCUAUGACCAGGAUGUGCUUGCCGAGGACACAGUUCUUUACUGGUUCCGCAAAGGAACAAACCCUAAGGGCAGGCAAACUUUUGUGAAGGCUCUGGAGCCAUUUGUGAAGUGGCUGGAAGAAGCAGAAGAAGAGGAAUGAAGUUGCAGCCUACGGUGAUG